AUGGAAGAUGUUAAAAGCAACAAUUCCAGCAUAAAGAACUAUGAUAUUGAAAGUAGAAGCAAUCUUGAAGAUAGUAACCGUAUUGACCUUUGUAACAACAGCAGGAGAGUUGUUCCAGAACCAGUACCUGCUAUGGAAACAUACAUGACAGUUAUGCAGACAUACCAGUCUCCCUUAACCAAAGCUAAGGAAUAUCCACCCAUGCAGACCUUGUUGUUGGCUUACCAAUCUCUUGGAGUUGUAUAUGGGGACCUUGCCACUUCUCCUGUCAAUGUAUUUUCCUCUACUCGCUUGACAAAUCUCACUGAAGAUGAUUUACUUGGGACAUUCAGCCUAAUCUUUUGGACUCUAACGUUGCUUGUGUUAGUCAAAUAUGUCUUCAUCGUCCUCCAUGCUAAUGAUCAUGGAGAAGGCGGUACUUUUGCUCUCUAUUCAUAUCUCUGUCGCCAUAUCAAUUUCCAAAGCAAACUUAGUAUCCACAACGUUAGGAUGGAAUCUGAUGAGAGCAUGGCUUAUUACAGCCAAGAGAGUGGAAGUUCUAGGCGUUCAAAAACUAAGAAGUUCCUGGAGAAAAGUUCCACAGCUCAAAAUGUUCUUACUUUUGUUGUUUUACUUGGAACUUGUAUGGUCAUUGGUGAUGGAGCUCUCACUCCUGCUACUUGCGUUCUCUCAGCCCUGCAAGGAAUUCAAUCUCUCUCUUCCAAGAUAACACAAGAUCAUGUGGUUUUCAUGUCUGUGAUUAUGUUAAUCGCACUUUUCACUUUUCAACGCUGUGGAACAAGCAAAGUUAGCUUCUGCUUCACACCCGUAAUGUUAUUGUGGUUUGCUACCAAUGUUUCAGUCGGUAUCUACAAUAUUUUGGAGUACUAUCCAUCCGUUCUUAAAGCCAUUUCUCCACACUACAUAGUGAAAUUUGUUUCAAGAAAUGGAAAGACUGCUUGGAAUCUUCUCGGUGCAGUAUUUCUAAGCAUUACAGGAGCGGAAGCCAUGUUUGCUGAUUUAGGUCAUUUCAAUAAAAGAGCAAUUCAGUUGGCAUUUUCUUUUGUAGUUUAUCCAUCCCUAGUUCUCAGCUAUGCCGGAGAAACAGCUUAUCUAGUGAGGUAUCCAGAGAAUAUCAACAAUGCUUAUUACAGUUCCCUACCAAAACCUGUUUACUGGCCAAUGUUUGUAAUCUCAACUCUAGCUGCCGUGGUUGCUAGCCAGUCCAUGAUAUCAGCAACUUUUUCCAUUGUAAAGCAAUCACUUGCUCUUGGAUGCUUCCCUCGAGUAAACAUUAUACAUACUUCAUCCAAGCAUGAAGGACAAAUCUAUUCCCCAGAGGUAAACUACAUCCUCAUGAUUCUUUGUGUCACUCUCGUUCUUGGUUUCAAAGGAGGUGUUGAACUAGCAAAUGCCUAUGGUAAGCAUCACUCAGAUUUCUUUUUGUACACCGACAACUUAAAAAUCUAAUACUAUCAUGCUACUUAAAAUAACCAAUUAUAUGCAACUUUUUAUAGCAAGAAUGGGUUAAUAAUCUGUAACAAUGGUAAAUAACCUGUUAUAAUCAGUAAAAUUAUUAUUAAUUCAACAACAACAAUAACAUACCUAGUGUAAUCACACAGGUGAGGUCUAGGGAGGGUAGAGUGUACACAGACCUUACGCUACCUCGUGGAGGUAGAGAGUCGGUUUCCAAACGAGUAAAAUUAAUAGUAUAAAAAUGUUUGAAAAACGCUUUUCUUGAGCCGAGAGGGUCUUAUCGUAAGCAACCUCUCUACCUCGCAAAGGUAGGGUACAGUCUGCAUACCACCCACCUCUCCAGACAAGUGUGGGAUCACACUAGAUCUGUUGUUGUUGUUGUUAAGUUAAACCACAACUGGAAGUCCAAAUAAAGCGUACUUCGCUGAGAAAUGGAACUAACUUUUCUUUUUCAACUACAGGGGUGGUGGUCAUCUGGGUCAUGAU